UCCCAAGUUCUUCAUAGCCCCAAAGAUUUCUGAUCGAACAAUACCGUGCUCACUUGCCUCGAUCUUUUGAUUCGGAGCGAAAUCACUUGCUUCUCUCCGAAUCCUUGAGAUUAGAAUAGCAAUGACUCGCCGCACAAGUUGUUGGACAUCGCUAAUCGUUUUUCUCUUAAUAUCUCCAACAAUCUUCAACUCAUCCAUGUCCGAACUCGAUUCGAGUUUAUCAGCUAAGAGGAGACGCAUGAGUGAGAAGGUGCGCAAGAUGUUUUAUCAUGCAUAUGACAACUACAUGACUUAUGCAUUUCCUCAUGAUGAAUUAAAACCUAUUUCCAAAACUUUCACCGACUCUCUUAGUGAGCUUGGAAAUUUAAAGCUUGAAAACUUACCCAAAGGGUACAAUGGAUCGGCACUUACACUUGUUGAAUCAUUGUCCAGUCUUGUAAUUCUAGGUAACAACACAGAAUUCGAAAGGGCAGUUAUGUGGCUUUCAGAAAAUCUUAAUUUUGAUGUCGAUGCAAGGAUAAAUCUUUUUGAGUGCAACAUAAGACUUCUUGGAGGACUUGUAUCUGCUCAUAUUCUUGCAACUGAUUCUACAAACAGGUUGAUUCAAGGAACUUACAGCAAUCAGCUCCUUGUUUUGGCUCAAGAUUUAGGAACGCGUUUUUUACCAGCUUUCAACACACCCACUGGUUUGCCUUAUGCCUGGAUUAACUUGAAGUAUGGUGUUAUGGAGAAUGAAACGACUGAAACAAGCACUUCUGGUUGUGGAUCUCUUAUUCUUGAAAUGGGAUCUUUGUCACGAUUAACGGGUGAUUCAAGAUUUGAAGAUGCAGCUUUGCAUGCUCUUCGUAAGUUGUGGGGCAUGAGGAGUUCUCUGAAUCUUCUAGGAACUACACUUGAUGUAGCAACUGGAGAAUGGAUCGAAUACUCCUCUGGUAUUGGUGCUGGGGUUGAUUCCUUUUAUGAGUAUCUAAUCAAAGCUCACAUUCUCUUUGGAAAAGAGGAAUUUUGGAGGAUGUUUCAGUCAGCAUAUCUUGGUGUUCAGAAAUAUUUCAGAUACGGUUCAUGGUAUCAUGAAGCCGAUAUGAGGACAGGAAGGGCAACUUACUGGCAACUUACAAGUCUUCAAGCAUUUUGGCCUGGUGUACAGGUUCUUGUUGGGGAUGUUGCAGCUGCUAAUUUAACACAUCGUGAGUUUUUUCAUGUAUGGAAAAAAUUUGGAGUACUUCCAGAAAGAUAUCUGUUGGAUCAUCAGAUUGUUCACCCCACAGAAAAGUAUUAUCCUUUACGUCCAGAGUUGGCAGAGUCAACAUAUUACUUGUAUCAAGCAACAAAAGACCCAUGGUACAUGGAAGUUGGUGAAGCGAUUGUAAAUUCCCUUAAUUUACACACAAAAGUUGAAGGUGGAUAUGCAAGCAUUAGAGAUGUAACAACCAUGCAAUUAGAAGAUCACCAGCAUAGUUUCUUCCUGGCAGAAACGUGCAAGUAUCUAUAUCUUCUGUUUGAUGAUUCGGCUUUGAUGGGUGGAAAUUAUGUAUUCACAACAGAAGGUCACCCUCUUCCUGUUGUAAGUGAUUGGCAUGAAAGGCUUCCUGAUUCAUACAUCCCCCGUAACUGGACCUCCAUCAAGAUUGAAACACAAAAGAAACAAGCUAGUGCAAUGUCCAUGCAAGUCUGUCCAGCGAAUCUAUUGAAGCCUAGACUUGAUGAUGGUCAACAGAUUGAGAGUGUUUGCCAUGUCCCUGAUACGCGUGAUGAUCACAGAUGUUUAACAGAUGAUGAUUGUGGGAUCGAUUCAUUGAAUUGUAGAAGAAGAUCCUGCAGCAUGGCUGGCUACUGUGGCCUGUGGUUGUUGAUAUGAGGUUUAAUUCCUUUCGUUCGCCUCCAGUACAGUUGGUUUUGGGAUGGUAUAAAAACAGAUGAGGGUUUGAGUCUGAGCAGUCGCAGUGUGGGAGUUUCAAUUCCAAUGUGGAUCUGGAUCCUUGUACUGGGUCACUGUGUACAUGAUUUACAUCUCGCAUGAUGCUCUUGGGGCAGGGUGGUUGGAAGAAUAACUUUUUUUGCAAAAUCAUGAGGUUUGAUUGGAUUUAAUAUAACUUUAUUCAUUAAAAAGACUAAGAAUUACACUUUCAAGAUUUUUGUUUGAAUAGUCUUGAAAGUAUGUAAUGUUAUGUAAGAGUUUGGUUGGAUAUAAUAUAGGAGACAGAGGAAAGAUGUAAACAAGAAAAGAGGAAAAUUUAGCUUAAUUUUAUUUUAUUUAAAGACAAA